AAUACGACCCCGCAGCAGUAACACAGGCCCUUUAUUCGCAGUGGGCUCUCUCCGAGAUGAAAAAAAAUCACGCUGUUUCUGCAGAUUUCUCAAGCGUUGAGAGCGAAACAUUCAGCAGUCGGCUCUUUUGUUCCGAGAGCAGAUCCAGAUUCAGUGUGUGUAUGUAUCAGAGAGAGAGAGAGAGAGCGAGAAAGAAAGAGAGAGAGAGGGAGAGCGACAGAGCAAGCAGAAAGAAAAAAAAACACACACACACACACAGCCAGCACAGAGGCAGCGUGCAGGAUACAGCAGAGUGUGUGAGGAGGAAACAGGCUGUGGGAUGCUGACAGACUCUUCAUAGAUGCUUAAAAUGGCGAGAGCGUCUUGGAUCCCAGUGAGCGACUGAGCAGCAGAUUGGUUGAUUGGAAUAUGUCGUAGCUGAGGCUGGAUGUUUGAUUUGCAUUUUAAUUUUGUUUGUGUUUUUUAAAACCCGCUGCUUCGCCACCAUUCAACGCUGUAUAUUUUCAGGAGUGCGGGAGUAUUUUCUGUGUUUAAAUGGCAUCCACACGGCGCCAAUGUCUUGUUUCGUGCUGUUUGGGAAUCCUUCUAAAUGCUUUAAUCGGUGCAGUUUUGGGAGCUGAACUCUCUUUCAAGCUAGAACCCAGCGACAUCAUUGCUGUUCAGGAGCAGCCGCUGAUGCUCCACUGUCAAGUGGACGGCAUCCCACCCAUCACCACGCAGUGGAGGCGCAAUGGCCUGCUCCUAGCUCAGGACCGCCAUCACACCACCUUCAUCAAUGGCUCACUUUUGAUUGUCCACUUCCAAAAGACCAAGCCCGACGGCUCGUCUGAUGAAGGCGACUAUGAGUGCAUGGCCCAGAACUCUUUUGGGCGAGUGGUGAGCCGUAAAGCCCGAAUUCAGGCAGCCACUAUGGCAGACUUCCAUGUGCAGCCAGAGUCGGUGCAUGCUGAAGAGUCUGGCGUGGCUCGAUUCCAGUGCCAGAUCCAUGGUCUGCCAGAGCCGGUUAUUAGCUGGGAAAAAGACAGACGCCCAGUGGACACUACAAAUGAGAGGUAUACACUGCUACCAACAGGCGUUCUGCAAAUCACAGGGGUGCGUGGAGAGGACAGCGGAAAGUUCUGCUGCGUGGCACACAACAGUGCUGGAGUAAAACACAGUGCAGAGGCUCUCCUGACUGUUUCAGGCUCUCAGUCGUCUGUUUACCAAGAGCCUGUGAUUCUGGUCGGCCCGGAGAACCUUACCCUCACUGUUCACCAGACCGCCAUCCUGGAGUGUGUUGCCACGGGAUAUCCUCGCCCCAUUGUGUCCUGGAGCAGAUUAGAUGGCCGACCCAUCGGAGUGGAGGGAAUUCAGGUGCUUGGAACAGGAAACCUGAUGAUCUCAGACGUUGGUGUGCAGCACUCUGGCGUUUAUGUUUGUGCUGCUAACAAACCGGGGACGCGCGUUCGCAGGACGGCUCAAGGACGACUAGUAGUCCAAGCUCCGGCAGAGUUUGUUCAGCCUCCGCAGUCCAUCGCUCGACCAGUUGGCACCACUGCGAUCUUCACCUGUCAAGUGCAGGGUGAGCCUGAGCCUCAGCUCACCUGGCUGAAGAACGGGCAGGUCCUGGAGCCAGGGGGGCAUGUUAAGCUCAGGAACAACAACAGCACUCUGACGAUCUACAGCAUCAGCCAGGAGGAUGAGGCCAUCUACCAGUGCAUCGCUGAGAACAGCGCUGGCUCCACUCAGGCCAGCGCUCGGCUCACCGUGCUGUGGGCAGAUGGACUGCCUGGUGAGCCCACCCAGGUGCAGGCCGAGGCCCUCUCCCCCACCACCAUUCAGGUGUCCUGGAAGGAGCCCGACCAGAACACUCAGGACAUCAUCGGAUAUGUGCUCCACAUUCGCAAGACAUCAGACCCACUGGAAAUGGAGUAUGAGGAGGCGGUCAGUAAGGUGACACUGCAGCAGGUCAUCCGUGACCUGGAGCCCUCCACCAGUUACACGUUCUACGUUAAGGCUUACACAUCCCACGGAGCCAGCAAACCCUCGGAGAGUGUUGCAGAGAGCACUCACGGCGAGGUUCCCGCUCCUCCUUCCCUCUUCACCAAAGUGUUGAACAGCAGCGUUGUACAAGUAAUGUGGGACUCUUCCUCCAAGAUGGGCCCACAUCAAGGCUUCAGACUCUACUACAGGAGAGCACACACACCACUGUUCGUUGGUCCCAUCCACUUUCUUCGCAACAUCACUCAGUACAACAUCACUCAGCUCGAUUCUUCUAUGGUUUAUGAGAUAAAGCUGCUUGCAUACAACCAGCACGGAGACGGGAAUGCCACCACCAGAUUCGUCUCACUUCGCGAGGCACUGGAAAAAUCUGUGCUGGACGGCUCGUGUGACUGUGUGAAAGACGAACAGAGCAAAACCUCCACCACCGGCAUCAUAAUUGGAAUCCACAUCGGUGUGACUUGCAUCGUCUUCUGCGUGCUCUUCCUCGUGUUCAGCUACCGCGGCAGGCUAAUGAUGUGUAAGACAGUUCAGGCCACCCCCCAGGCAGGACACAGCGCAGUCCUGGAAUCCUCUUCCUCUUCUCAGGGGGCCUCUGGGCUCAACGGGGCUGCCAGGAGAGAGAUGGAGGUCAAUGGCAGCGCUGCAGGGAAGAAAGUGGUCGACAGCAACGAGCUUGAGAGACUCUUCACUCAACCCAACACGCAGGAUGCCUGCAUGUCAAACUCCUACAUUCUGAACAACACCCAGCUGUCGACGAUACCUUUGGAUGAGUUCGUAGAGGAGAGGGAGACGCCGUUUCAGGAGCAUUCUUCAGUCGCUGCGGCUCAGCCAGACCAAGGCUAAUCAUGUAUGAAGGCCCAUUCACAUUCGACACUUUUAGUGUCCACUUAGACUUUUCUCUCACUCAGGUCGACAAGUGUUUCUUUUCAAAGUAUUCUUUCCUUUUGUGCAAAGAAAUUUUUUAUGAGUAAGUUAAGAGGUUCUGGAGGAUCUGGGACGGUUUGUUGGAGUGUUUUAUUCAUUUUAUGGUGUUUGGCAGCACAGAAAAUAGAGACCCCUGAAUGUCCUUGUUGAAAAUGUAUUUUUAUGUUUAUAUAUGAGCUGUCGCUGGGGAAAUUUGAAAUAGUCACAAAAUUGUGUCAGUCAAUUUGUGCACACAGGUGUAAUUUACGCUAUUAUUUUUGCAUUAAAAUAUUCUAAAAAAUAACCUGCAAAAUCAGAGUCGUAAUAUUUUAUGGAACAUUCCCAAAAGGAGUGAAUGUUGUAAGGUCUGCUGGAUGGUGCUAUAUAAAAACAAUUAGCUGGAUGAGCCCCAAAUAUAUAAAAUGCUUUGGUCUGCUGUUCAGAAGUGAGGUUUUCUGGAUUUUGUGACUAUUUCACAUUUUUCUGAGACCAGACUUUGAGAUGCACAUUCUGACCUUCUCAUCCAUUCGUUGAAGCGGUUUUAAGUUCUUGGUCUUAUCUCUCUGCAUCUGUGGAUGUCAAAGACUCGCUGCCUGCUCUUAACCACCAAUGAGUCCACCUUCGUACUCAGAAAACCUCAACCUUCUUCCAGGGAUUCGAUAUCUUCUGUCUCAGGACUUUGUUUCAGUAAUAUCAACAUUUUUUUUUAUGAGUUUUUGGCCUUCAUGCAGGUUCUAGACUUGGCUGUGUGAACCUUACAAGUGGACUUAAGCCUACCUCAGCCGGAAUGAAUGUGUUGCGGGAAGCUGUAAUGACUUUACCUUCCCCUGUGCUCACGAUCACUCGACAAAUUUGGAGGAACCAGUUGGUUGCGUAACUACGACAUCAGGUGCUGCUCUACCUCAGAAGUCAACAAUCGUCUCUCCUCUCCUUCUUAAUGAUGUAAAAACGGACAAAAGAGCAUCCAACAUAAAGCACUUCCAAAUGCUGAAAUUAUUGUUCUACCUCAAGAUAACAAAGUUAAUGUUGUCACUGUUGUUGUUGUAGUUUGUUUUAUUUUUUUAUUGCAUAAUGAAGACCCUUGUUUUUCUCCCCCUUGUGAAGUCCUGGCUCCCCUCCCCGCCGUGUUGCUGAAUAUGAUGUUUGUAGAGUGUCAGUACCUCAUGCAAGAUGACAGACGGAUAACAUUGUAUACAAUGAGUUGAAAAAUAUGUGUGAACUAAGUUGGGAGCUAUCUUCCUUUUUAUUUAAAGGUCACAUUUGUCAAUGGCGAUAGGUUAAGUGUAAGGAAAAGUUCAUUAGAGAUACACUGCAUUGCUGUUUAUAUCCUCAUGAGUACUGAAGAUGAAAAAGAUCUGAUAUUUAUUGUCAAGCUAAACCAGAAGCAGUAUGUUAUCACUGCAACUACAGGUGGUGCAGUGAUGAUUGUCCCUUUCUGGGUCCCUUGCUGUUUCUAUUCUAUUCUUCUAUUGUAUUAAUAUUCUAUAGUUUUGUUUUUAAUCGAUUUAAUCCUAUCAGACAGAUAAAAAAAUGAAAUUAUUUUUCUAAAAUUACUGGUGUUAACACCUUAAUGACUACAUUUUAGUACGUUUUUCCUGGAGAUGAGAAGAUCAAUGCUACUCUUUUAUCUAUCUUUCCAUCCGUUUUUGUCCAGCUGGCAAUCAGGGAAGUUGAGUCGGCAUAACCGGGCAAAAAUCUUCAACAACAAAUAUGUAGCUAGUUAAUCUAGAUCACUAUGCUGUUGUAAAAGAAGCAACAGCAUCUCAUAACACAAAACUUAGUUUAUUUACACUGCCUUAUUCAAAAUAUUCAAACCUUUUAACUUUUUUUUGUCCCUCUACAAACCUCAAUCAAAGUUAUUGGGAUUUUAUGUGAACCAACUAGACAAAAUAGUGUAUAUUUGUGGUGGGGUGGAAAAAUGAUACACUGCAUUGAGAGAUCUGAAAAGUAUGGUGUGCAUAAAUAUUCAGUUCCCUGGGCUCAGUGGAUUGAGACCAGAUUUGAUCAUCAGUUUUCAAAAUCUUCCUACAAAGUUUGAGUUAUAAUUAGACUUUGACCAGCCUGUUCUAAAACAUUAACGUUUCCUGAUUUAGACAUUUCUAUUGUAACUCUGACUGAAUAUUAAAGCGUGUCGGCCUUAUUCCUGUCAACUCCGACUAGUUCCUGCUAACAAAGGCAAACUGCUAGAAGCACAUUGCAUAGCUUUCAUUCUACAAAACUUUGUUUUGCUUUAGCUCACAAAAUCCCAAUGAUAACUACAGAAAUCUGUGGUUGUAAAGUGAUACAAUUUGAAAAGGUUUAAGGGUGUUGCAGCUAGUUUUAGCUGAUCAUAAUAUAACUUGGCUUAUUUUACCAUAAAGGCAGAAAAUGAUGGAAGAGGUUGUCAUAUGUCAACAUAUGUUUUUUUUGUGUGUGUAGAUAAAUAGCAUAUAAAGAGUGAUAUUGAUCCCUCAUCAAAGCUAGAACCUAAAUGUGGAUUUUUAGCUGCUAUUGUCAACAACACACACGUGAUUUGGAUAUUUUUUUUAAAAAAGACCAAAUAUGAGUUUCCAAAAAAGAAAAAAGUAAUCAUAUUUUUUCAUAAUUCAGAUUGACAGCAGUGUAUCUCUAACACUUUUAUGAAUAUUUGUUGCUGCAUUACUUUUUUGUCUUGUUUUUUUUUUUUUUGUUUUUUUUUUUAUCUUUUGCAUUACAUCACCUGGCAAUUUCUUCUAAAAAAUCGGUAGCCUUUUACACAUCUGGUGCCCAGUAGAUGAAAAAUAUUCCAUGUCUUGCUCAUCUACUGCAACUCUGCCCAAAACCACCACAGCUGCUCAGCCGUCUCCCUCCAGACACUUCAGGAUCACCUGCCUUUUUAGACUCUGAUGGCUUCAGACAGAGAGCGGGGCUGAAUGAAACAUUCAUAUAGAGAUUGUUGUGUAGCUAAACAAUCACAGGGCCUCUCUAUGCAGCUCAGUGCUCUCUGUCAUCACAGAUGCAUUUUGGUUACCUACCUCAACCCUGUUAUUGGCCUUUUUCUCAGGUCCUAAUAAAAGAAACUAUCGAGUAUGAACAGUAAAGCAGUGAAUUUUAGCAGGUAGACAAACACAAAAACGAUACACGGCCGCACAAAAUGGAGGGAGAACUUUUCAGGACCUUUAUGUCAAACACUAACUAUGUCAACACUUCGUACUUCAUUUCUAGUUCUAGAUGUGAAUGUGCUUCACUUUUUUUCUUUUUUUUUUUUUUUACUUUAUUUUCUCUCACUUGUGUGUUUGUGCCAAGAAAACCGAGGAAAAAAAAUGGGUGACACUUACAACUCACACAAUUCCACACGAUUGGUUUAUUGAUUUUCCUCUCUGGCUAAGACUGACUUAUGACCUUAACUUGACUAAAUUCAGAUUAUUUAUAAGAGUGGGAAAAUAAAAAAAAUAAAAAACUUUCCUCAUAACUCUGAAUGCGAAACAGCCUAACAAAGUUCCUCUCUUAACACAAUUUUCCAAAAAUGUGGAAAGUAGAGUUGUAUGAGUCCCCCCACCAUUCUGCAGUCAUUUUCACGUGUUAUGCAAACCAGCACUUCUGUACUGUAUAUGUGGUUACCAUCUCAGUAAUCAUUACGAAUUGUCUCUAGCUGUAUGCCUUUUAAAUUAUGUACACUUAAUUCUCUGCGGAUGUUCUUCUUGCAUAUAUUUCUUGUACCUAAUUGUUAAUAUCACAUUGGACGUGCUGGGGUGGGGGGAAUGCAGUAAACUGUCAAAAUAGUCGAUCAAAUGUUGAAGCUAAAUGUCUCCUCUGUGUAUAUUUAUUAGCCACCAAUGUGAUAUUUUCCCUCCAGGGCUACUCGCAGCGAGAAUCAGUGUUUUAUUUAACCUCUGUUGGGAGUAGUUUCACUAGGGAUAUGAAUAGUGUGAUUCUCUUCUGUACUUCGUUUCCCCCGCCCCUCGUUGUAAAUGAAGGUUAAUCUCUUCCUGCAGGAAAUUGCCCACCCUUGUGGAUGUGACAGGUCUGAGUGCCAUACUAUUUAACCUGAUCCACCGGGUCUUUGGUUCAACGGCGAUCAUGUUUGCGCGAUUAGACUUUGAUAGGUCAGGCUGUCAUGUUGCAGAAUAACAUUAGAAAGUCGUCUGAUUUAAUGGGUUGCUCAGCGCUGUCAUCACAGACUGACUGGUGAUGUUACUCCAUCAGCACAGAGGACCUUUUGACUCUUACUGAUACCUUGAGUAAAAAGUGGAGAUUAAUCUCGUUUAAGCUGUUUUACAGUCUGUUCGCAUUUUUUUCCCUUCUUUGUUUAACAAACCUUGAAUUUUGGUGAGAGAUUGUAUGCUCAGGAAUCAUUGAUCUUUGCUCUUAUGACUCAAACUUGAUUUCUUCCACAAUUCUGCAAUAUGUUCAGGUCAAAAUGGUUUCCUGUGAAGUAUUUCUGUUUGAUAUUCAAUUAAAGAAGAAACAGUUUGGGAGAAUAAUGAGUUAGUUCAUAUAUAUUUUUAUUCAUCUGCCUCUGCAGCACGCCUAAGGAGGGAUAUGUUUUCACAUCAGGUUAUACAGCAACCUUUGGAGAAUAAUGUGAUAAACAGUAACAUUCACAAUGACGACUUAGAUUUUUUUUUUUUAAGUAAUCUAAAAUGUAGCUUUCUGAUGUCUUUUGGGUCUUGGACAAAAUAUAUUCAGGUUUAAAAUGCAAAGGAGGAAAAAAUUAAGUUGCUUUAGAAAAUUAUCAAAAGCUUAAUUAUUUUUUUACACAGCAACUACUAGAAAAGUAGAUGUAUAAUCUUUAAAUCAUUAUAAAUAGGCCGCUGUGGGCUGGGUAUUCACAGGGUCUGUUUUGCUUGGAGGAAGGUGAUGAAAUGCGGCUCUAAUUCAUUUUCCUUGAGCAUCUAUCUCUCUCUUAAUAUGCAUCAUCUAAACACGAAAACAGAUCAAGUCAGAAGGAAGGACGAAAGGCUUAGUUUAGCUAAAUUGGUGAUGUACGUCUGUAAGUAAUUCUGUUCUCAGUGGCACAGAUGUGUGUGAAAUCAGAAAAAAAAAAAUUCUUAAAGCUCACACACAGUUCAAUCACCCCUUUUCCUUGAAAGAUCCUUGACUUUAAUCAAACUGCUGCCAAAUUACCUUGAUAUGAUUGUGAACUGCUAACAAAUCCAAUGAAUUUACCUGCUUGGAGACUUUUUUAUUUUACCCAAAAGACCACACAUUGCUUAAAGCUCAUCUUGGGCUUCAAGACUUUCUAAAGUAAUUUGUCGUCAGAUGGUAAUUUACAGUAAUUGUUCUUCAAUGUUUGAGAUCAGUAUUAUAUUUUUUUAUACUUCCUUCACAAAGGCAGAUAGAUCCAGUGUAUUUUAAGGUAGUGGGCAAAGUAAACUCUACAGUAGAUCUGCAUGGAAAAUAUAGAAUAAAAAAAAAGAAGGCAAAUGUGUUAUUUUAGCUCAAUUUUAAAAAAAAAGUGUUAGUUAAUUCUUAUUGGAUUUGUGAUGGUAACACUGUGAUAUUCAGCCAAAUAAUGGCAAAAGUAAUGUUGUGAUCUCAGUAUGGUACUAAUUGAUGGUCCUGUCUCACAUCGUCAAUCUGUUUUAAUGGUGUGUAUUGAUGAAAAAAGGCUGAGUGACCUUUUCAGUUGACAAAGUCUGUCUUGCCCCUCGUUGGCGCCUGAUGAUCACCUUAUCCUCAUCCUGUUCCCAUCUGGCAUCCUGUUCACAUGAUUGUCUCGGGGUGAGGUCCUGUCAGUCUUGUUACCUUUUUUUUUCUUUUUUU